GAAGUAUCACGAUGAAUUCGGUAUUAAUCACCGGUUGCAAUCGAGGAAUCGGUUUCGGACUAGUGAAAUACUUAUCGGAGAAUCGCGACUUGAAAUUUAUUUUCGCCACAUGUCGAAAUCCGGAUCAAGCCCAAGAACUACAAGAGAUCUCAAAUAAACAUUCUAACGUUAAAAUUCUCAAAGCAGAUACAACAAACGAUACAGAUAUAAAAAACCUAGCAUCAGAAGUGAAAUCUCAUAUUGGAUCAGAUGGGUUGAACGUUUUAAUAAACAAUGCCGGCGUAUCUUCCAAAUACUGCAGGCUUGGUAUGGUAAAACGAUCAGAUCUCGAAGAAAACCUCAAAGUCAACACAAUAGCUCCAAUACUCGUAUCAAAGGCUAUCGCCCCACUGAUCAAAAAAAGCGACUCGUUAGCAGGAGGAAUCAUCAUCAAUGUAUCUUCAAUAAUGGCCUCAAUACAACAAAACACCACCGGAGGAUUCUACCCUUACAGAACUAGCAAAGCAGCUUUAAACGCAGCCACCAAAUCAAUGAGCUGUGAUCUCAAAGACAACAACAUCAUCGUCGUCAGUUUACAUCCAGGAUGGUUAAAAACCAGCAUGGGUGGUCCACAAGCUCCUCUCAGCGUCGACGAAGCCGUUCCAGAUAUAAUCAAGUUCAUCGAAACACUAACUCCCGAUAAGAGUGGCUCUUUUUACAGCUACGACGGAAAAGAAUUACCUUGGUAGAGAUAAACGAAUAAAUACUCUUUCAUUAAAAAA